AUGUGCAGAAAACAACGACAGCGCAAGAAGGCCAUACGCAAAAUGCAGGAGGACCAGCUGACACCGUUCGUGGGAUACCAAUAUACGGUACCAGCCGGUGCGCAAAGCAAUCCUCAAGGAGCAUUGCUACGUCCACAGGAACUCGAUAUCCAAGAGCCAUACCGUGGGCCUCAGGAAUUGCAAGGCAGUGGGAGACUGGCUCCUCUGCCUCCCCAGCAAAUUGAUGGAUACGCCGCAGCGCCGACUUUUGACGACGAUAGGCCACUCGAACUGCCUGCCGGCGCUGCAUACCACGGCACAGACGCCAAACGUGGGAUAUACAGAUGAAAAAUCGCCAUCUUCCAUUGUUCGUAAAUAUCUUGACCAAACCUCUGGACAGCAGUGUAUCAACAGUACCUUAUUUCCAACCCUGAAAGCCACACACCACCGUACAAAGCCGCAGGUCUAAAAAACAACGCCGUUGUACAGGAUACGCAGACACACCAACCGGACAUGCAAAACGUCAUGUAGAAAAAAUCCCCCGUCCAUUGACACCAAAGAACUGCUUCACAACCCGCCACGUCAACACCACCACU